CGAAAAAGCCCGCGCGAGUUUUCCGUGACAUGUCUUAGUUACCUUCGCGCCGCCGCCGCUGACUCUCUUUCUCUGUGUGAUCGUUGCGCUGCGGUAGUCUCUCUGUGAUUUUCGAUUUUGCUUAUUCGACGUCGAUUAACACGAAGAGGAGGAUGAAGGGACGGAUACAGUGCACGAUGUUGCUGCUCCUCGUGACCUACGGGUAUCUAGUCAGUGCGCAGGUCGUCAUCACCGCCAGCGAGGACCCGGUGACCAGUCCUGGGGACAGUGAGCCGGACUUCAAGACUCCCGAAUACAUCCUGCCUUGCGCCCGAACCGACCCGGCCAUCGACUCCUGCGUACAGAAGGCGUUCAACCACCUGAAGCCCUACCUCGUCGAAGGAAUACCAGAGCUGGACCUACCUCCAAUCGAGCCUCUGACGAUCCCGGAACUGGGUAUGGAGAACGGCCAGGGCGCUGUGCGGAUCAAGGCCCUGUUCACCAACAUCACGGCCUUUGGCCCAGGCAACUACUCCGUCAACAAGGUCCGAUCCGACCUGAAGAACCUCCGACUCGAUCUCCACCUAACGAUACCGAAGAUCGAGCUUCAGGGCCGCUACGAGGUGGCCGGUAACGUGCUGCUCUUCCCCAUCCAGUCGCAGGGCGACUUCUGGGCCUUCUUCGGCGACGUGGCCGCCAUCGCCAGGGUCCAGGGGAUCGAGGAGAAGCGCGACGGCAUCCGCUACAUGAAGAUCGCCCGGCUCCUGGUCGACUUCAGCCUGGGCCGAGCCCGUUUCCGCGUGGUGGACCAGCUGAACGGCAACAACGUCAUCGGCCAGGCUAUGAACCAGUUCCUCAACCAGAACGCCAAGGAGAUCAUCGAGGAGAUGCGACCAGCUGCCAGUGCCAGUAUCGCCAAGCACUUCAUGUCCUUCCUCAACACGGCCUUCACCAAGGUCCCCAUGAAGGUCUGGCUCCACGACACGUAGACGCGCGAAUCUCCAGCUGAUACACGUAUUGUCAAUGUGAUCCGUGUCGUCGGUUCCAAACAAUCCAACACCGGUUCUUCUGCGCUGUUGUGUUUUCCCCCUCUAUCGCUGUAUAGGCUAUCGUCGUUUAUACUUCUCUAUUAUGCUCUCUUUUUUUGGCCGAGUCCGUUUGUUUUGAUUCACGGCUAGACGCUUUCGCGGAUCUAUGAUAACAGACGGUAUGCGAACGCGAGCAUUUAACCGUCGACUUUAAAUUCAACUUCAACGUCGCCGCCGAAAAAUCGAGUUUCGUCACGCGUACCGAUUUUUUUUUAUUUUAUACUUUGUAGUCUAGCUUACGAUAAGUCGCUCGGGGCUGUGUGUACGUUGCUCGAGCGCGAAACCGAUUGUCAUUCAGCGAACGUCGUUCCGGUAUAUUAAUGCGCAUUGCAUUUGGACUUUUAAUCAAGCUAUUUCGAUCCUGGCAUUGAGCCUCUCCGAUGCGGUGCCGAGAGCGUUGUGUAAAUUUUUUUUUUGUUUUUUAUCGUUGUAAAAAUCAUCGUCAUCAGUAUUGAAGGGACAAGCGUGGGAGUAUAUGCAUGAUUUUAACUUAGUAUUAUACUGUGUACUCUUAUUCAAUACUCUAACUCUUAUUCGCAUCGCGACAGCAUUACCAAUAUACCUUUAGCUCGUAAUUAUCCCUCUUAGUGUAUGUAUAAUGAAAGCACGAGAAUUGUAAAUAGUCACUGUGAAAAUAAAAUUUAUCCCAUAUAGUAAAAA